AUGUGUCAGUGUGAUUCGGUCGACGGUGUCCUCCGAAGAGAGGAGAUCUCUGCAAAUACUGAGGCUGGAUGGUCCAGAUUCUAUGAAUUUACCCUCCGGCAGGGUAGGGUCGAGGAGCACUUGUUGAACCUUGCGCAGUCGGCGAAACACAUCGACAUCAGACGAGCGACCAUCCCCACGACCUUGGAGCUUGAUUAUAGUACCAUAGAGGAUCACGCAACCUAUCCAAUCCGCGUGACACUGGACAAUGCCCCUCCAACAGAUUUUGUCGAGCCAAUGAAUUCAAUGUCCGGCAGCGAUGCCAGCUCUCCGAGGAGUGAGGGCAGCGAGACCAGCGUGGCGUCUUCCGUAGGCGACUCGGCAAUCGCGGGGUUGGACGCCGUCGUUGAAGCCAAGUAUGUUUUGGGAUGCGAUGGAGUUCAUAGCUGGCUCCGCAAGCAACUUGGCAUCCGACUGGAAGGACAAAGCUCUGAUUACCAGUGGGGUGUCGUGGAUUUCGUUCCCAUCACAAACUUCCGUUGUUCGCCCCAACUCACCGAGCUGCAGAAGGAUGGUGCUAAUGCCAUGCGGUACAGCGGAUAUACGCAAGUGAUGCAUUGUUAA